CUUCGUUUGAGAUGCUACACAUCCAUGAUUGCAUGACGAGAUGCGGAAAGUCCUCCUCUACCCCCUUUGCAGUAUGAAUGCUACGGAGGCCAAAUCUCCCGCCGCCGAUGCUAGUCAAGCGCACUCUGGCGGCAGCAGAAAAUACAACAAAAGCAAAAGCCUCAAGGCAAGUCACAUCCCCCCAAUCACUCCUUUUCUCCCUCUUCUUUUCCUCCUUCUUCCUCUCCUUCCUCUCCUCCCCAUCCCGCUUCGUCUUCGCCCUCUCAUACUCCUUGACCAGCACCAGAUCCGCCACCCUCUCCGCUCACACCGUCCUCCCAUCUCUCGACAAAACCGCUUUAUACGCAGCCCACUUCUCAAUCCGUUUUCAACACCCCGCCGCCUGGCAGCACAACUCCUUCUUGUUCUCAUCAGACGUGUUUGAGUGGCGGUUGUUACCCGCACCCCACGCGCGACUGCCUUUGCCGUAGUGAUGCAGAACUUGCUGUUGCCGCCCGGCCUCCGCGACGCAAGGGCCGCCGGGUGAGCGCUGCAACCUGCGUGAGCGGUGGUGCCGCCGACUUUUCGCGGUGCACCGUGACGGAAAAUCGAAACUCCGUUUCCUCAGCCAAGAGACACCGCCUGGCGAGGCAGAAGAGCAAAGGGUACACGAAGCACGAGAACAAGCUGACUUCAACGUCAAGGAGGGCGAGAUAUACGCCAGCGGAUGACGCGAAGAUCGGUCAGCUGAAGGAGCAGGGACUUUCUUGGAUCGCGAUCGCCAAGCAUUUCCCGGGGCCAUUCAGGUGAAAUUUCACACCAAGCUCGGAACUGCCAACCCCUCUCGAAGCGGGUUCGAUAAUUGUGUGAUCACUCUCGGGCACUCUCCCCAGUGGUCGACGACGACGGCGGGGAACCAGAGUGUGAGGUAGAGGGGAUUCGUGGCGACAGGAAGCUGGA